AUGCUCCUGCUCCUUUUCCUGCUGAGCACUGCACUGUCCCCCAGGACAGAGGCAGGGGAGAUCAUCGGGGGACAUGAGGCCAGGCCCCACUCUAGACCCUACAUGGCAUAUCUGAAGAUCUACGAUAAGAACACCCAUAAAACAACUCAAUGCGGCGGGUUCCUGAUCCGAAAGGACGUGGUGCUGACAGCUGCUCACUGUCAUGGCAGCUCUAUCAAUGUGACCCUGGGUGCCCACAACAUCCAAAAGUGGGAGAGGAGCUGGCAGGAGAUCUGGACACGCAAGGCCAUUGUCCACCCCUCCUUCAAUUAUGAUAAACGCUUCAACGACAUCAUGUUGCUGAAGCUACAAAGAAAUGCCAGGCUGACUAAAGAAGUGGGACUCCUCAGCCUGCCAGACUCCCAAACCCCGCUGAGACCCGGACAAGUGUGCAGUGUGGCUGGCUGGGGACAGGUUAAUCGUAAGGCCCAUUUAUCAGCCACAUUGCAGGAGGUGGAGAUAACUGUACAAGAGGACGCCAAGUGCAAAGGUCGUGGUCGUUAUAAAAAGUACGAUGGAGCCAGUCAGCUGUGCAUAGGGGACCCCAAGAAAAAAAAGGGUACCAUUCAGGGAGACUCCGGGGGUCCCCUCGUCUGCGACAAUGUGGCCCAGGGCAUCAUCUCCUACGGCAAGAGAAAUGGAUCACCACCGCAGGUCUGCACCAGAAUCUCCAGUUUCAUGCCCUGGAUAAAGGACACCCUGAGAAAGAUGUAA